ACCAUAACGCGAAGUAAGAAAGGCGUUGUUCCCUCCACAAUUGUUGCGUAUGCGGAUAAAGUGCUUUCCCCAAUCUCUUCCACCACCACCGUAAUGUAAAUUCCUUCUCCUUCUUCCUUCCAUGGCGGCUUCCUUGCCUUCUCCUGCCAUUGCUGCCACUCUCAAGCUCGAACCCGACUUACGAAACCGCCAUUCCUCCAGCUUUCUUGUCGCCGAUAAGAGUGGUAGCGUGCCGUAUCAGAAGAAUCAGUCUCUAAUCCGAUUGAAUGUUGAUGCGGAGCCGAGGUUUGUAGACUUGCGAGAAGCUCUGUCUCUGCUAAAAGAGGGUACGAGGAUCGAAACUUCUUACUAUAUUCCUCUGUUGCAAGAAUGCAUAGUUAGCAAUUUAGCUGCCGAAGCGGAAGUUAUUCAUGGACAUAUCAUUAAAACUGGAACUCAUGAAGAUUUAUUUGUAACCACGUUUCUUGUUAAUGUUUAUGCGAAAUGUGGAGUCAUGGAACAUGCCCGGAAAGUGUUUGACAAUUUGCCUAGGAGAAAUGUUGUUGCAUGGACAACUCUGGUGACCGGUUAUGUUCAGAAUUCACAGCCUGUGGCCGCUCUUCGAGUAUUCAUCGAAAUGUUGCAAGCUGGGGCUUAUCCUACAAAUUAUACACUGGGUAUAGUGUUAAAUGCUUGUUCUUCCUUACAGUCUAUCGAAUUGGGGAAGCAAGUUCAUGGUUAUAUCAUCAAAUAUCAUAUAGAUUUUGAUACUAGUAUCGGCAACUCUCUUUCUAGCUUCUACUCUAAGUUUGGGAGCUUGGAUUUUGCCAUAAGAGCCUUCCAGAAAAUUGAGGAAAAGAAUGUCAUUUCAUGGACUUCAGUUGUAUCUGCCUGUGGCGAUAAUGGUCAAGCAGCACAGAGUUUAAGUUUCUUCACCGAGAUGCUCGAGGAGGGUGUGGAGCCGAACGAGUACACUCUGACCAGUGCCUUGAGCGCUUGUUGUGUGAUGCUGGCAUUGGCUCUAGGAGCACAGAUUCAUUCACUAAGCAUUAAGCUUGGUUAUGGAUCAAGCAUACCUGUAAAAAAUUCUGUCAUGUACUUGUACCUGAAAUGUGGAUGGCUUAUUGAGGCUCAGAAAUUGUUUGAAGGUAUGGAGACCCUCAAUUUGAUUACAUGGAAUGCAAUGAUUGCAGGCCAUGCGAAGAUGAUGGAUCUUGCUGCAGAUGAUCUUGCCGCUCACAAGAGUGGAUCUACAGCACUUGAAAUGUUCCAGAAAUUAUAUCGCUCGGGCAUGAAACCCGAUCUGUUCACUUUCUCCAGUGUUUUAAGUGUUUGUAGCAGUCUAGUAGCCUUAGAACAAGGGGAACAGAUUCAUGCUCAGAUCAUCAAAAGUGGUGUUUUGGCAGAUGUUGUUGUGGGAACUUCACUGGUCAGUAUGUACAACAAAUGUGGAAGCAUUGAUAAGGCGAGUAAAGCUUUCUUGGAGAUGCCUUUGAGAACUUUGAUAUCGUGGACGUCGAUGAUUACGGGAUUUGCACGCCACGGUCUGUCUCAACAAGCCCUUCAGCUCUUUGAAGACAUGAGGUUGGCAGGAGUUAGACCGAACCAGGUCACAUUUGUAGGCGUUCUAUCGGCUUGUAGCCAUGCUGGCUUGGUGGACGAAGCACUGUAUUACUUUGAAGUAAUGCUGAAGCAAUACAACAUUAAGCCUGUAAUGGACCAUUUUGCAUGCCUGAUGGAUAUGUAUCUGAGGUUGGGUCGGGUGGAAGAAGCUUUUGAUGUAGUCAAGAAGAUGAGUUUUGAGCCUAAUGAGAUUAUAUGGUCUAUGUUAAUUGCAGGGUGUCGAAGUCAUGGGAACUCGGAGUUGGGGUUUUACGCAGCCGAGCAAUUACUCAAACUCAGGCCGAAAGACACGGAGAUCUACGUCUCCCUGCUAAAUAUGUACCUCUCUGAAGGGAGAUGGAAGGACGUUUCCAAGGUAAGGAAAUUAAUGAAAGAAGAGAAGCUUGGAAAGUUGAAGGAUUGGAGCUGGAUUAGCAUCAAAGAAAAAGUUUAUUCAUUUAAACCCAAUGAUAAAUCACAUUCUCAAAGUGCAGAGAUGUACAAUCUCUUGGAGAAUGUACUCGAUGAAGUAAAAAACCUCGGUUACGAGCCUGUGGAAUAUAUGGAGGUAAUUGAAGAGGAAGACGAGGAAAAGGUAUUCUCCUCGACCAUUUAUCACAGCGAAAAGUUAGCUGUUGCUUUUGGUUUGUUAAACCUGCCAACCGCCACCCCCAUUCGGGUUGUCAAGAGCAUCACAAUGUGCAGGGAUUGCCAUAAUUUUAUCAGAUUCAUUUCAUUAUUGAAAGGUAGGGAAAUCGUCAUCCGAGACAGCAAGCAGCUCCACAAGUUUUUGAAUGGAUGCUGUUCUUGUGGAGGUUUCGGAGAUCUUAUUUAACGUGCUCGAUGAGCAGGGUGAGAUUUCAAUCUUUUCAAACCUAGUAAAACAUUGAACUGUCAAAAUAUUCAUAUGAAGCUAAUUUUUCUGUAAGUAAGGUCGGGAGAAUAACCAGCCUAUAUUGAGCUUCAGAGAAAUACAAGACAAUUUAAUGUCGCC